ACAACCAACAUUACAUAGAAUAGCCUUUCUUUCAAUUAUUCACUAUUUAAAAUAGCUAUAAGUCUAUUUUAUUAAAUACAUAAAACAAAAAUUUAGAUUUUUCAAUAUUUAUAUUUCUCUGGAAGUGAAUAAUACUUAUUUAAGCAAUUAUUUGCACAAGUGCUAACAAUGUGAAACAUGUGUUAGAUAUGUAUGACUAGUCGAUACAUUUAACAAUAUCGAACUUAUUUUGUAUAUCGAAUCGAAUGCUGAUGCAAUAGAUGAUACCAUGUAUAUCAACUGAUAUUUCUAAUGGUUUCUUAAUAAGUCGAUAUCUUUCAUCCUUUUCUUUAGACUAACAGCCGUGCCUCUCAAAAGAUAUUUGAAAGAUGGUGUGCCCAAGUGAAUCUACUGCUUCCGGGUUUGAUUUCCUUAAUAUUAAGGACUACAUUCUGGAGAAACAUGUAUCUCCAAAGCUGUCGGAGCCCAUUUAUUCGGUUACAUUUGUGGAUUGCUUGGUUGAAAACAAGUUUUUCUCAAGCUCAAACAUACUCACUCACAGCUUCAAUGUACUGAGCUUGUUUGGCCGUUUGGCAAAACAGAAGCUGUACCAAUGCAAGUGCCUGUUAAAGCGGCACAGAUCUUGGCCGAAGCUGACGAUGAAAUUAAAGGAAAGCGGAUAUUGGAAAUAACGCUUGAUAUGCAAACAGACGCAGAGUAUUUUCAACCUGGGGAUACAAUUGGUAUACUACCGAACAAUAACAUUAAUGAUGUGCAAUUACUGCUGAAACACAUGCACCUAACAGAUAAUAUUGAAAAUAUAUUCCAACUGCAAAUUUCUGCAAAGUGCAUCAAAAAAACUGCAAAAUUGCCGACAUACAUUCCAAAUCGCUGCACGCCAUAUCGAUUAUUACGUGACUGUUUAAGCAUACAUGCCAUACCGAAGAAACAAUUCCUUAAUGUUUUAGCCAGUUGUUGUGAGGAUAAUGAUGAACGAGCAUUUCUAAGCAGCUUAUCCUCAAAGGAAGGUAGUAGUUACUACAACGAACUAAUUUUAGAACGUGGUCUUAAACUUAUCGAUCUGCUUAAAUUAUGUCCUUCAUGUAAACCUAAAUUAGAACUACUUAUUGAACAUCUACCGCGUUUACUGCCACGUCCCUACUCAAUAGCGAAUAUGCCUAUUGCGAAUGAUAUAAAAGUUAUUUUCUCAAUACUCUCAGAAAAACCUGGUGUUACAACCAAUAUGUUAAACAAUCUGGCGGCACCUUUGCUCAACGCUGCGGUUCCUUCAGAGUUGCCAAAAAUUACAAUGUAUGCACGACAACCAAAUCAAUUUCGUUUUACUUCACAAGAAGCCAACGAAAGAAAUCACAUUCUAAUCGGUGUAGGCACAGCUUUAGCGCCUUUUUUAGGUUUUUUAGAACUAAAGAAACAAGAGCUCGCGAACGCUACGUUUACCACGUUAGGCGACACGUGGCUUUUUGCAGGUGCCAUAAAUGAAACACACCUACCACACAGGGAACGUAUAUUAGCAUAUGAAAAAUCUGGUGUGCUACAACGCUACUUUGAGAAUUUUUCCCGGCUGCCGAGUGCCAGCUAUCACUAUGUUCAGGAACAAUUAUUGGCUCAUGCAAGCGAAUUUGUAGAAUUUUUAAUGCAAGAAAAUACUGUGCUAUACAUCUGUGCUGAUGGUGGAUCGAUAUCGAAAUCAAUAGAAAAGUCAAUUGUGGAAUGCUUGGUACAGGUUAAACGUAUAACACCCGAUGAAGCGUCUCAAGAGUUAAAAUUAUUCAAAGGAAAUGGCAAAUAUCGUGAAGAUUUGUGGCUAUAAUUUACUUAAACUUGAUAUCAAACUCAACACAUCCCGACUAUGAGUCAGUUAAACAUGAACAUAUAUUUAUUAAACAGAAGAGUCUCUUGAAAUGUGUUUUAUAUGUACAUAUAUAGAAAAAAAUGUAUAGUAAAUGCUCGAUAAAUUUUUAUUUUUAAAGUUGUUCGUAGAAAUAAAAAUCUUAGUUACAAGAAAAUGAUCGUUUUCUUGUGCAAAUAAUCAAUGAUAAUAAAUUAUUUUUUGAAUGUA